AGUCCAAGGGGCCCGCCAGCCUGCCCACCAUGUCGCAGAUGCUGCACAUUGAGAUCCCCAACUUUGGGAACACGGUGCUGGGCUGCCUGAAUGAGCAGCGCCUGCUGGGCCUCUACUGCGAUGUGUCCAUCGUGGUCAAGGGCCAGGCCUUCAAGGCCCACCGGGCCGUGCUGGCCGCCAGCAGCCUCUACUUCCGUGACCUGUUCAGCGGCAACAGCAAGAGCGCCUUCGAGCUGCCGGGCACGGUGCCGCCCGCCUGCUUCCAGCAGAUCCUGUCCUUCUGCUACACGGGCAGGCUGACCAUGGCGGCCAGCGAGCAGCUCGUGGUCAUGUACACGGCCGGCUUCCUGCAGAUCCAGCACAUCGUGGAGCGUGGCACCGACCUGCUCUUCAAGGUGAGCUCGCCCCACUGCGACUCACAGACGGCUGUGAUGGAGGACGCCAGCUCCGAGCCCCAGAGCCCCUGCAACCAGCUGCAGCCGGCCGCCCCCGGGCCCCCCUACGCCGUGUCCCCCUCCAUGCCCAUCCCGCUGCUGACCCCAGCCGCGGGCGCCGCGGUGGCGGCCGGCGCAGCCCCUCUCAAGCUGCCCCGGGUCUCUUACUAUGGGGUGCCCAGCCUGGCCACCCUCAUCCCCAGCAUCCAGCAGGUGCCCUACUCCCAGGGGGAGCGGACCAGCCCGGGGGCCAGCAGCCUGCCCACCACGGACAGCCCCACCUCCUACCACAACGAGGAGGAGGAAGAGGAAGACGAAGCCUACGACACCAUGGUGGAGGAGCAGUACGGCCAGAUGUACAUCAAGGCCAGCGGCAGCUACGCAGUGCAAGAGAAGCCAGAGCCGGUGCCGCUGGAGAGCCGCUCCUGCGUUCUCAUACGCCGCGACCUCGUGGCCCUGCCCGCCAGCCUCAUCAGCCAGAUCGGGUAUCGCUGCCACCCCAAGCUCUACUCGGAGGGCGACCCCGGCGAGAAGCUGGAGCUGGUGGCAGGCUCGGGCGUCUACAUCACGCGGGGCCAGCUGAUGAACUGCCACCUGUGCGCGGGCGUGAAGCACAAGGUGCUGCUCCGGCGGCUGCUCGCCACCUUCUUUGACAGGAACACGCUGGCCAACAGCUGUGGCACAGGCAUCCGCUCAUCCACCAGCGACCCGAGCCGCAAGCCGCUGGACAGCAGAGUCCUCAACGCUGUGAAACUGUACUGCCAGAACUUCGCGCCCAGCUUCAAGGAGAGCGAGAUGAACGUAAUCGCCGCGGACAUGUGCACCAACGCCCGCCGCGUCCGCAAGCGUUGGCUGCCCAAAAUCAAGUCCAUGCUGCCCGAGGGCGUGGAGAUGUACCGCACGGUCAUGGGCUCCUCGGCCGCCGGCAUGCCCCUCGACCCCGAGUUCCCGCCCACGGCGGCCCAGGUGUUCGAGCAGCGCCUGUUCGGGGAGCGGCGAGGCGACACGGCCCCCAUCGUGGCCCUGAGAACUGACGCCGUGAGUGUCGACCUGGGCGCCGCGGCCAACCCUGCCUUCGAAGCCGGCGAGGAGGCGGAUGGGGCCGGCUCCGUCAUCCAGGAGGUGGCGGCACCGGAGCCGCUGCCCCCCGAAGGUCAGAGCCCCCCGCGGCCCUUCGAGCAGGGCAGUGCCAGCUCCAGCCGGCCCCAGACGCCCGCAGCCAGGAGACCCGAGGGCUCCUAUGCGGGGACUUUGUAGAGGGCCAGGCGCCGGGACCGGUACUAGCUGCUUGCAUGCGUUACUAAUACAAACAAAUGUGAUCAAGCCACUUACCUACUGAACUGCUGUUGCCUGAAAAAAAUGUGAUUUUUAUUCUGCUUGUAUUUAAAAUUUAUGAAGGAAACAAA